UGAAGAAUCGGCAAAGGACCAUUGCUUGGAAGCCUGGCAAACCUUUCAUGUCGGAGAACCUCUUUUUCCGGACCAUCAAUAUAGGUCGUCUGUUGCCUACGAGUCUCAUGGAUUCUAGGGUCCAGAUGUACGUGAUGAAGGGGCUGUGGGCUUAUAUGGAGUGGUAUGGGAAUACGGUGAGUUGCACUAAUAUCAGUUAUAUCACAAUCCUUGGGCUGAUGCACCAUAUGCUGGUUUUCCAGAAUAUGCACGAUUUUUCGGGUGGCGACAUUCCAAUUAUAUGCAGACUGAUAUAAGGAACUCGAGGAUCCUAUGAUGGAUUACUGGGUAGAGCUGAAUGCUGAUAAAUGGACGAAGAAAGAACGCGAGAUGAAAUUCUGUCAAGUCGCCGCCACAGUACUCGGUCGUAACUCUUGCUUCUACCAAGUCAACCUCUGCACCCGUGCCCUCCUUCUCGACAAAGAGGUCGGCUAUGUCUGGCCAUUCACCAUCAUCUUAGAGACUAGGAAGGGCAGUGAGUAUUAUUCCUAUUUUCUUCUUAUUCUGUCAUGGUUUAUCACCUACCUAGGCAAGGCUCGUGCGCUCUUUAUUCGCUCCUCACUACCCACCAUCCUCCAUCCUCAACACCCUGCC